UGUACUGGCAUAUUUUGAUAAAUGCUCUUCUUCUACGUCAUAAAUAUAUAUUCUUGAAUACAUGUCGCUCGUUUAUAAUAUCAAUUGCGGGUACCUGUUCUAUGUGUCAUCAUCAAAUCCCAACAACUCCUUCAAGGCGACUACUAAAUAAUAGAUACAAAACCGAAGGACGCAAAAAUUUUCCGCUACUCAUCUUUUGUUUAGAAGAAUCAAAGAGCGUUUUUUGUAUGAUAGAUUAGGAGAUGACAAAUUGAAACGAUUAAUUAUGUCUUCUAUGGAGGAUCUUCUGCAAAUUGAUAAAAAGAAAAAGAACUCCAAAUCCGAAUACUAUGGCGACAGUGUGGAUACAACAGCGAGGGAGAAGGUAAAUCGCCGGGAGCAGGCCCGUGGCUUAGACAAUGAAGGCUUUGAAGGCGAUAACGAGGUAGAAAAUGCAAGCCGCAGGAAAAGAAAUGGCUCUAGAGGUCUAAAGCACGCGCAUUCAGACGUGCAUGAGUACCAAGUUAAGUCGCCUCCAUAUUCAAACGGCGAGAAAUCAGUUCCUCCUCGAAGGCAUAGCUCACCGCAUCGAGGACGCGGCGCUUCUCACAGAAAGCAACGUCCAACAAGCACAGCAGAGGAGGAUUUGAGAAAAGUCGCAUGUCUUAAUCACAUGAAACAGCGGCGUUCCAAAAGCACAAGUUUUGAGUUGUCGUCAGUGGACUCAUCUUUGGACGAUGACGUGUUCUACAAGGAAGAUGUCGAGCAACAGCCAAAAUCUAAGCCUCGUCAGUUGAAGCUAAAGCAGCUGGAGGAAGAUAUCAAAGAGCAAAAAAGGCGGGAAAAGGAGCAGGAGGACCAUCAAAGUCACGUCAUCGUGCUUGAAAGAGCGGAGCUCAAUCUCUAUAAGCAACGUCUUGAGAAGGCUCUUCAAGAACGGGCUAACCUAACAAGCAAGCUUAGAACACUAAGUAGAAGCCUUUCGGCUCGGGAGGACUCUACUGAACAGGCCCCACAAGUAAGGCGUGCUAACUCUACUGGAUCUAGAAUGCAAUCAUCAUUUGUAACAGAUGAUGUGGACGAUAGAGUCAAGGUUAUUCGAUUGGUUAAAGUGCCUGAGAAUCGACAAUUGCCAGUGCCGCCACGAGGGAAGGCACACAGAGAGAGCGAUGGGUACUUGAUCCCUGCAGAAGACAGAGAAGUGAGGGAAAUCAUAGCGAGAGACCUAAGCAAGCAUCCAUACUAUGAAGAAAUAGGCCCGCGGCUAUCCACCCGACGAGACCCGAACAACGCUACAUCGAAAUAUGAUGAAAGGGUAGGCACGGUUAAAGUGGAACAACAGUGGUUGGGUGACAUGAGGCACAAUGUCGAUGAUGUCUUACCUGUUGGGGAAGGCAUUAGUGAAGCUAGCAGAACGCCAGACUGGAACAACAAUGAACAGAAGAACAUAGAGAGAAAAGAGGUGGAAGAAACUCAGGUAGGAAUAUCGGAAUAUGACGAUGUUGAAACACUGCCGACUGCAGUAAAAGAAAAAAAGAGAGGGAAUAAAGACUUGAAUAAAAAUUCUGAAAAACAACUGAGCGUCGAGGAUUAUCUAAGGUUAACUGAACAGGAGAGAGACUCAGUGAAUGAGGCGACAAGCGGCCGAUAUGUUGAUAAUAAUGACGAUCUAGCAGGAGGCUUGGAAAGGCUCAAACUGCUUGAAGAGGAGUUUUGCCAAGAGGAACAGAAUUACUUACACAAUGGGGACAAAGAAAGGAAAAAUGGAGUAAAAUAUAGUGUUCGGAAGGAGGUAUCUCUUGAUGAAUCGCCUCUUCCUUCAAGCAGUCAGCAUCGUGACACGAGCGAUUCACGUGAUGCCUGUAACGCAGAAACUUCUAGCAAAUCACGUUGUUAUGCGCCACGCAACCAGUACUCACGUGGUGAAGAUGAAAAUUUACAAACUCACAAGGCCAGCAGAGAAAACAUUGGUAGGUCACGAAUAGUACAGGAGAUUCUAGAUAGAAGGAGAAGAUACGGAGGGACCUUUGAUUAUAUGACUCCUCCAGGGACAAAUGAGCGCGGGAAACCUCAAGGUCGAACAAACAAGGAAUUCAGUGAUGAGUUUCAGGAACCCAAUAAAGGAGUUGUUAGAGAAGAGAGAACAGGAUCUAUAAAUUUGAAUAAUAACAUUAUUGACGAUAAUGCGACUCCCCAGAUGAGCAUUUCCGAGAAAUUGCGCUAUUACGAAAAAACACUGACGCUUCACAAAGAGCUUCAGGAGUCAGGAGACUUGGCGCAUGCGUACGCGAAGGUACAGGGCGCCAAAGCGAGGCACGAGAUCCAGCGACGCGCGGCAGGGGAGGCCGCCGUGCUUAGGAGGGAGGCCUCGGCACUACUUUGGGAGGCCAUGGACUUGGAGCGAAUAUGCGACCCAAACGCAAGGGUUAGACACAUUUUUGUCCCGAAAUAGGAACCUAAUGUAUGGUCCUGAUGGACAAUGUUUGAGCUGCAAGUAAUACAGCCUAUGAAUAUGUUGCUUUAAAAAAGGCAAAUCAUGCCGUAAGUUUGCGCUCCCGAGUCACAAAAGCAUCCAUUUUAUUGGCAAAUUCAGGCCAGCAACCAAGAUAUCUCAAUCAGAUUUCGUGAAUCACCUUUAACCAUUUGUGGUUAUUUUGCAAAUAGACUGUUGUAUUUUCAAAUGUUAACAAUAGCAACAGAGGGGCUGAUUGAAAUUCUUUAAAAGAAAAGCAAAUACAAAGUGAUGAUGUAGGCGACAACUUGUUUUUCAGGUUAUUAUCAUUGCAAUAAAAACACUUUUUUGUA